AUGUUAAGUCUACGAUAUUUAUCAACCCAACCUUUGAAAAGAUCAUCUAUUAAACACUCAAUCCCAUCACUAGAAGAAUUUAUCUUCAACAAAAAAGUGAAAACAACAUAUAAAUCAAUAUUAAAACAAUUAUAUUCAAAAUUUAACCAAUCAUCACAACAACAAGAAAGAAAUGAGUUAGUAAAGUUUUUAAAAAAUGAAUUCAAAGUAGAUCCAACUGCUGAUUUAAGUCAUAGAAAAUAUCUUUUAAGUUUAGGGAUGAAUCAAAUUGGAUCAAUGGCUAGUAGUUUAGGAUUAAAUAUAAGAGUAUGA